AUGCGCUGGAAUCCGUUCGCUGCACCCCCGCCACCCCCGCCGGAGAAUAUCUCGCUGCUCGAUCGACUGGCGAACCGGGAGAUCGUGACGACUCGUGCUCUCCUCACCGACUUCCAGGAGUUCAUCCAGCAGGGCAACAUGCUCAACAUGGCGGUGGGUCUCAUCCUGGGCUCGUCCAUCUCCGCCAUCCUCAACUCCUUGGUCACGGACAUUCUAGCGCCGAUCAUCAGCCUCUUCACAGCCCGGGACGCCGGCGCCGUAACCAUCAACUAUGGGCUGUUCUUUGAGAACAUCAUGAACUUCGUCAUCAACGCUCUCUUCCUCUUCUUUGCUGUGAAGAAAGCACGCGAGUUCGUGUUCAAGCUCAAGGUGGGCGUGAAGAAGCAGUGCCCGUACUGCAAGGAGUUCGUGAAGGGAGCCGCCACGAGAUGCAAGGACUGCGGCUCAGACAUCAGCACUCCGCCCAGCGCAGGAUAGACU